AUGACAACAGUUGGAGCCACAGAAGAUAACAAGAGUGCUGAAAUCCCUCAAAUUCGCACAAAAUCACAAGAAUCAACUGUUAACAUUACCGAGGGCAGCGAGGAUGAGUGGUUGAUUUCUAUAAAGAACUAUGUUAAAGACACAACAGAGAAACCCCAAAUAGCAAGGGUUCCAUUACUGCUGCGUCAGUUAAACCAAGUUUGUUUUGAUCCUCUCGUAGUUUCGAUAGGCCCUUAUCAUCGUGGAGAUCCAAAGCUCAAAGCAUUCGAGGAACUAAAAAUUCCAAUCGCGCAGAAAUUUUGGCAUGCCUGUGAAAAUAAAGUAUCCAUCGAACAGAUGUAUAAAGCGGUCAUUUUGUCAUGA